CUGAACAAUGCGUGUCGGAGCGCGAGGAGCCGGAGGAUGUGAUUUGGCACCGAGGCUCAGAGCCCCGCGAUUCUCCUCCGCCGCUCUUUCAAUGGGAGAAGAACCGUGAACAUGUGGAUACCGACGGAACACGAGAAAUUCGGAGUGGUGCUGGCCAGUUUUCGGGGGACGAUACAACACGGCUUGCCUCUGGAGAUUGGUGACACAGUGCAGAUCCUGGAGAAAUGUGAAGGCUGGUACAGAGGCUUCGUGCUCAAGAACCCAAAUGCCAAGGGGAUUUUCCCAUGCAGCUACAUUCAUUUGAAAAAUGCUCAAAUCAAGAACAAGGGGCAGUUUGAGACUGUGGUGCCCACAGAAGAUAUGGUCAUUACAGAGAUGACGUCCACAUUACGGGAAUGGGGCACCAUAUGGAAGCAGCUUUAUGUGAAGAAUGAGGGAGAUCUGUUCCACAGGUUGUGGCAUGUGAUGAACGAGAUCUUGGAUCUACGGCGGCAGGUUCUGGUUGGUCACCUGACUCACGACCGCAUGAAGGACGUCAAACAACACAUCACUGCACGCCUGGACUGGGGAAAUGAGCAGCUGGGUUUGGACCUGGUCCCCAGGAGAGAGUUCAGCAUGGUGGACCCUGAUGACAUCAGUGUCACUGAGCUGUACAGACUGAUGGAACAUCGGCACCGGAAAAAAGACACGCCGGUCCCAGCAAGCACACAUCACCUGUUUGUGCACAUGAAGAGUCUGAUGAACGUGAACCUGGGUGAGGAGCUGGACGUUUUCUUCUAUAUCUACGACAGCAGAGAGAGUCGACCUCUCAGUGAAAGGUUCUUUGUGAAGCUAAAUAAGAACGGAGUGCCCAAGUCUCCAGAGAAGACAGAGACGCACUGUACCCUUUUUGUGGACUUAGGGAGCAGUGACCUGAGAAAAGACGUGUAUAUUGUUGUUCACGUCAUUAGGAUAGGGAGGAUGUGUGCUGGCGAGAAGAAGAACACAUGCAGCGUGCAGUACAGGCGUCCGUUUGGCUGCGCUGUGAUCAGCAUCGCAGAUCUACUGACUGCUGACACGAAAGAUGACCAGAUCCUCAAAGUCUAUGCAUGUAACACUGAGAGUGAUUGGAGUCAAAUCCACGACAACAUCAUCAAAAAAGUGAACUCCAGAUAUAACCUGUCAGGAUCCAACACGGGCCUCGCAGUGACUCUCCAGUUACUCCAUGGGGACAUUGAGCAGUUGCGGAGGGAGUACAUGGCCAUUUUCUCCCGGGGUGUCUCCGUCACCAGGAAACUGGGCUUCUCUGAUGUCAUCAUGCCAGGAGAGAUGAGGAAUGAUCUGUACAUCACCCUGGAGAAAGGCGAGUUUGAGAAGGGAGGGAAGACAGUCGCCAGAAAUGUAGAGAUCACCGUUUACGCGCUGGAUGUCGAUGGACAGAUUCUCAGGAGCUAUGUUGCAGCAGGUUCAGGUGAGCCAGGGGGCGAUGAGUACCACUCCUUUGUGCUGUACCACAACAACAGCCCACGCUGGGCUGAGCAGAUCAAGCUGCCCAUCCCUGUUGACAUGUUCCGUGGCUCCCAUGUCCGCUUUGAGUUUCGCCACUGCUCCACAAAAGACAAAGCGGAGAAGAAGCUGUUUGGCUUCUCGUUUGUCCCUUUAAUGCAGGAAGAUGGACGCACUCUCCCUGAUGGCACCCAUGAGCUUAUUGUCCAUAAGUGUGAAGAGAACGCUAAUUUUCAGGACUGUGCUCGCUACCUCAAUCUACCCUUCAUCAAAACCAACCCGCCAGGCAACAACCAAGCUGUGAAAAGCAGCAAGGAGUCCUUAUGGAUCACCUCGUUCCUUUGUUCCACCAAACUGACGCAGAACGGUGAUAUGCUGGACUUACUGAAAUGGAGGGUGCACCCUGAGAGGAUCAGUGACAGUCUGUCCAAACUGAAGGCGAUUGAUGGCUCUGAAAUAGUGAAGUUUUUACAGGAUACACUGGACACGCUAUUUGGAAUUUUGGACGAGAGCCCGCAGAGAUAUGGUCUCAAAGUCUUUGAUUCACUUGUGCACAUUAUAAAUUUACUCCAAGACAGCAAGUUCCAGCACUUUAAACCCGUCAUGGACACGUACAUCGAGAGCCACUUCGCAGGAGCUUUGUCAUACAGGGAUCUGAUUAAGGUACUGAAAUGGUACGUGGACCGCAUCGUUGACGCCGAACACCAGGACCACAUCCAGCGAGUGCUCAAGGCGACAGAGUACAUCUUUAAGUACAUCAUCCAAUCUCGGAGGCUGUUUGCACUCGCCACAGGAGGCCAGAACGAGGAAGAGUUUCGCUGCUGUAUGCACGAACUCUUCAUGUCCAUUCGCUUCUUCUUGUCACAGGAGAGUAAAGGGUCUGGCCCCAUCACGCACACACAGGCGGUGUUUUUGCAGGCGUUUCCUGCAGUCUAUGGGGAGCUGCUGAAGCUGUUCACUGUCAGAGAGGUGGCCUCGUUUGUGCGAGACACGCUGGGGAGUCUGCCGGACACUUCACAGUCAGACUGCCCUCUGGAGACUGUCAAACUACAGUGCAUUUCCAAAACUGUGGAAAGCCAGCUGUACACAAACCCAGAAUCGAGGUGUAUCCUGCUCCCUGUGGUCUUGCGCUUGUUACAAACUCACAUGCAGGAGCAGCGGGAUCUGGUGAUGUGUGCCCAAAUACUCACCAGCAUGCUGUCGAUCAUAAAGAGAUACGAUACGGAGCCAGCCAUAUCUGAAGAAGUGGAUCUGAUAGUGGAGAGCUUGCUGAGUGUGUUAUUGAGGACCAUACUGGAGAUUUCCAACCGUCCGCAAACCCCAGCGUCGACCCUGCGUCCUCAGAGUCAGGAUGUCACGGGGGAGUUUGUGUCUUGUCUUUUGGCUCUCCUGAAGCAGAUGGGAGAUCAGCACUACCAGCAGCAUCUUCAGCGUUUCACCAAUAAAGACGAGCUGAGGGAUUUCCUCCUGCAGAUUUUCACCGUGUUCCGAAUCCUGAUCCGGCCUGAGAUGUUUCCUAAAGACUGGACAGUCAUGCGGCUCGUCACUAAUAAUGUCAUCAUCACAACAGUGCUUUACCUGUCAGAUGCUCUGAGGAAAAAUUUUCUCAAUGACAGGUUUGAUUAUAAGGUCUGGGACUCGUACUUCUAUCUAUCUGUAAUCUUCAUCAACCAGCCCUGCCUCCAGCUUGAGACCUUCUCUCCUUCGAAGCGCAAGAAAAUUCUAGAAAAAUACGGAGAUAUGAGAGUGAUGAUGGGCUGUGAAAUCUUCAGUAUGUGGCAGAAUCUAGGAGAACACAAGUUAAACUUCAUCCCUGCUAUGAUCGGCCCGUUCCUCGAGGUGACUCUGGUUCCUCAGCCGGAUCUAAGGAACGUGAUGAUCCCCAUCUUUCACGAUAUGAUGGACUGGGAACAGCGCCGCAGCGGCAACUUCAAACAGGUGGAGGCGAAACUUAUAGACAAGCUCGACAGUCUGAUGUCAGUAGGAAAGGGUGAUGAAACUUACCGGGAGCUCUUCAACAGCAUUCUUUUAAAGAAGAUCGAGAGAGAGACAUGGAGAGAGAGCGGAAUCUCAUUAAUUGCAACAGUAACACGUUUAAUGGAGAGACUGCUCGAUUACAGGGACUGUAUGAAACUUGGAGAAGUGGAUGGAAAGAAGAUUGGCUGUACUGUCAGUCUGUUGAACUUCUAUAAAACAGAGCUGAAUAAGGAGGAGAUGUAUAUCCGCUACAUCCACAAGCUGUACGACCUGCACUUGAAAGCACAGAACUACACAGAAGCUUCUUAUACACUGCUGCUGUAUGAUGAACUGUUGGAGUGGUCCGAAAGGCCACUGCGGGAGUUUCUGAGUUACCCCAUGCAGAGCGAGUGGCAGAGGAAAGAGUAUUUGCAUCUCACCAUCAUCCAGAACUUUGAUCGUGGCAAGUGUUGGGAGAACGGCAUCCUCCUGUGUCGAGAGCUGGCUGAUCAGUAUGAAGCAUACUAUGAUUACAGGAAUUUGAGCAAAAUGAAGAUGAUGGAGGCCUCCCUGUAUGAUAAAAUAAUGGACCAACAGAGACUGGAACCCGAGUUCUUCCGAGUGGGCUUCUAUGGGAAGAAGUUCCCUUUCUUUUUACGGAAUAAGGAGUUUGUAUGCCGUGGCCAUGACUACGAGCGUUUGGAAGCCUUCCAGCAGCGCAUGCUCAACGAAUUCCCUCAUGCCAUUGCCAUGCAACAUGCCAACCAGCCAGACCAGACCAUCUACCAGGCCGAGGCCCAGUACCUCCAAAUCUACGCAGUGACUCCAAUCCCAGACAGCCAGGACGUCCUCCAGAGAGACGGCGUACCGGACAACAUCAAAAGCUUCUACAAAGUCAACAACAUCUGGCGUUUCCGCUAUGACCGUCCUUUCCACAAGGGCACCAAAGACAAGGAGAAUGAGUUUAAGAGUCUGUGGGUGGAGAGGACAACGCUGACCCUGGUGCAGAGUCUCCCAGGGAUCUCCCGCUGGUUCGAAGUGGACAAGAGAGAUCUGGUGGAGGUGAGCCCGCUGGAGAACGCCAUCGAGGUGAUUGAAAACAAGAACCUACAGCUGCGCACACUCAUCACGCAGUGCCAGACACGCCAGAUGCAGAACAUCAACCCGCUCACCAUGUGCUUAAACGGCGUGAUAGACGCUGCUGUGAAUGGAGGCCUUGCUCGCUACCAGGAGGCAUUCUUUGUGAAAGACUACGGGACGAAUCACCCUGAGGACGGAGAUAAGAUUGGACGCCUCAGAGGACUCAUGUUCGAGCAGGCACAGAUACUGGAGUUCGGUCUAACUGUCCAUGAGAAGUUUGUUCCGCAGGACAUGCGGCCACUGCAUAAGAAACUGGUGGAUCAGUUCCAUCUCAUGAAAUCUAGCUUAGGGAUUCAGGACUUCUCAACGUACAUGAGAGCCAGUCCGAUCCAUUUUCCCAAUGGAAGCCCACGAGUUGGUCGAAACUCAAUGCCCAACAUCUUGAAUGUGGAAGGAGGGCGUGUGGUGGCCCGCCGCAGUCCACUCAGCUAUCCAGCAGUGAACCGAUACUCUUCAUCCUCUCUGUCAUCACAAGCCUCCAAUGAAGUGAGCAACAUCACCGGGCAGUCAGAAAGCUCAGACGAAGUCUUCAACAUGCAGCCUAGUCCAUCUACCUCGAGUCUCAGCUCCAAUCACUCAGCCUCUCCAAAUGUGACCAGCUCUGCCCCCUCCAGUGCCCGAGGUUCACCUCAGUUGUCAGAGAAGCAGAAGCAUGUCCGGGAGAACUCCUGUCUCUCUCCAAGGGAAAGACCCUGCAGCGCUGUAUUUCCCAAUCCGCUUGAUCCCACACAGAGGACGAUCCAGCAUCCAGCAGGUGAUGCCUCUUUGCCUCGCAGUGAACCCAACAUCUCCAUUCCAGACAAAGUGGUCAAGCCUGCCCCAAGCAGCUGGAGUCUUGACACAACCUUCUCUGACUCUUUCGGAAAGCAGUUUUGCCCCCCUGUCCCUCCUAGGCUUCCAUACUCAGGGUCUCCUGCUAAAAAUAUGAGAUCACAGUCACCAGGUCCAGUAUCAAGGUCACCACAAAAGUACUCCGUGCCACCCUUCACACCCUCACCCACGGAGUGCCCACCAGCAGGACUCGUACCCAACUCCCCAGUGCUCUCUGGCAGCUACAGUAGUGGCAUCUCCUCUCUCAGCCGCUGCAGUGUUUCUGAAGCCUCAGGCACCGAAGCCACACCCUCUACCGACCACGCCCUCCCCACCUCCACCUCUAGUGGCUCGGAUGAGCUUUUCCGGCGAGAGAACAAGACUCCGCCCCCUUACAGCAGCAACCCGCGGCGGCCGGUUCCCCUCCCUCACAGCCUUUCGAUUCCCACGAGUGCUGAUGCUCCACCCAUUCCACCAAAACCCCACCAGCUUCGCAGUGUUAAGCCAGUGGAGCAGCUACCCAGACCACGCCCCCUUCCCAGGAAAGUCUCUCAGCUUUAGUGCUGCUGGAAGAAAAUGCCAUGCACCACCAAUUGCACUUUCUCUCUUCGGGUUGCUAAACCCAAACUUUCAAUUUACAUAACAGACUGGGGAUGUCGGAGGAUAUGGCAGGGGUAUUACUGCUAAUUCCUGCACUUUUCAGCAAUUACAGAUCACGAUGCUCUUCUCUGAGUACCAGGGCAUUUUUACAUUGUGUAAAUACUGAUAUGAAACGUAUGUUCUGCCUUAAGUAUUGAAAACAGAAUAUUUUACCAUUGGGUAAUGCACGUUUCUAAGUACAUUUUUAGUACGUUCUACUUUUCUAAAUGGCUCAGAGGUGCUAAAGGCCUCCAUUCGGCUCUUCAUAUAGGCACUUGAUAAUAUUCACGGCUUGGCUCACACACACUUGGACUCGUAAAAGAGACUGCUUUUUUUUUUUUUUUUAAUUAGGUGGCCAGUUCACCAAACCCGUUUAUUCAUCAGCAGGAGCAUGUUUUACAGAGGUCACAGUCUCGUUGAUGCAGAAUAUUCAUCCAUUACCUAGUUGUUAGGAUGAGGUUUAUGGUUUACAUGAACUGGUCAACAGACGCUUCACAACUAAAGCCUGACCACACAAGUCGAAUACUUGAGUUCAUUUACCAGGUAUUGUGCCAAAGGAACAAGGAAUCUGCUUAUGCAGAGGCAGUCAUGCUGUAUUUGUAUUUUUCCAGCUCAAGAUUCACAUUAGGUCUUUGUUUUCAUAUUUUUACACCAUCAUUUUGUGGUGGUGUUUUUUCUUUUUUGAAAGACACAUGUUAAAGUACAACCGCGUUGUUAGUGGCAGAACCAGAUAUGCCAUGACAGACUGGUACUCACAUUACACUGCCUGAGUAAUAUGUCGGAAAGGAGCUGACACAGGAGGAUCUGCCCAUGGGCAUAGCAGGAGCUAGCCUAAUUAAGGUGCAGUGCAUAGUGACUGUGACUAUGACGCGUGCUGAAAUUGCUGGAGCCUUUACAGAAAUGAAGCCUGCCAUUCUUCGUAUUUACAUUCUACGAUGCCAAUUACAUCAACUAUUCACAUACUACACCAAUUAUGAGCGUUGAAAUUUGCCCAGGUUGCCAUACCGCACUCUCAAAACUGCCAGUAGGAAUUUUAGAGGAUUGUUCAUUUGAAGGUCUCAAACACCAGACUCUACAGUGGGCUGUGACAAUACAUCAGAGUAAUGAUUAUUUAGUUAUGUUAUUACAAUUUUGCCGUUUCUACUUAUACCACCAUUCUGCCUUUAACCGCAUAGUACACUGUAUAGUGGUUUUUCCGUGGUUCUCCGACCAGUCCUCACAGCCUUCCAGAUGCUCUGCGUUUUAGCCUAACAAUCAGUUUUAAGGAAAAACAUGAUGGGGUGUGAUUUAAGGGAAAAAACAAUCAAGUGUCGUGUGGUGUGGUAUGAUGUGGCUGGAUGCAAAGUUCCAGCUGCCAUCCUGAAAUUUAUUAUUUUUGAAGAACAAUUUUUGUUGAAGAAAGUCAUUUUUUAAAUCAAUUUACAUUUGCUUUUAAAGCUAGACGGCCUUUCGUUUUCAUAAAAUCAGUGACAUUUAGUUCCUUCUGAAAUGUGGUCAUUGUGAUGUAUGUUUAUUUCUGUAAUAUCUCACAAAAUAUCAGACCAUUCUGUGGCUGGGAAGUUCUUUAAUUUGAGGGAAUUCCUGAGCAAAUAAUGUGCAUGAAAUCGCUCGCUUCGUGCAGUCAAGCAGACAGAGGAAGUCCAUGUGCCCAUGCGCAGGUUUACCGUCUUCUUCUUCUUUCGGGUUUUACGGCAGCUGGCAUCCACAGUGUCUCAUUACUGCCAUCUACAGGUUUACCUUGACCGUGCACUGACAGUUACAUCAUUUUGUCGCUAAAUGAACAGCUGAUCACACCGAGGUGCUCGCUGAGCGCCGAUAUUUAUUAGUUUGAUUCUGCGUUUCCUUUCCUUCGUAUAUAACAUAACAUCCUUUCUUCUCACUUUCCAUUACUGUAGUCGGCCUUUCACGUUUCAUUUUUCUCUUCCGUUUCAAAUUUGUAUCCCACAACGCCUUGCACGAACAGGGAAAGCCCACCACGUGAUGCAUGAUGUAGUAUCUUGAAUUGGGUCAUGGUGAAGCAGGAAAAAAUAGCAGAGAAUUUAGGGCCACGUGGCCCUAAAUACAUUAAUUGUUCUAUUUUAAAAAAACUAAUAAAAUUGGAAGUCUGUGAUUUGAAUUCAGUAGCUUUCGGUCCGGGCGGCACGGUGGUGUAGUGGUUAGAGCUGUCGCCUCACAGCAAGAAGGUCCGGGUUCGAGCCCCGUGGCCGGUGAGGGCCUUUCUGUGCGGAGUUUGCAUGUUCUCCCUGUGUCCGCGUGGGUUUCCUCCGGGUGCUCCGGUUUCCCCCACAGUCCAAAGACAUGCAGGUUAGGUUAACUGGUGACUCUAAAUUGACCGUAGGUGUGAAUGAGAGUGUGAAUGGUUGCCUGUGUCUAUGUGUCAGCCCUGUGAUGACCUGGCGACUUGUCCAGGGUGUACCCCGCCUUUCGCCCGUAGUCAGCUGGGAUAGGCUCCAGCUUGCCUGCAGCCCUGUAGAACAGGAUAAAGCGGCUAGAGAUAAUGAGAUGAGAUGAGCUUUCGGUCCACUAAACAAAAAUUACUGGGUGUCGGGAAAAAUUCUUUUUAUGAUCUAAACUUGAAAAAUCUGAAACGCAGUCUAGCUUUAAUGUUGUAGAACAUCUGGGAAACAAAUUAGUUCCUGUUAUGAUUUACAUUAUUGUAGCAAUAUACAGUCGUUCUCUCACAAACCUCUCUUUUUUUUUCUCAUGAAGUUAGACAAAAACUGCAGCUUGUUAGCAAGAAACUGCAAACCACUCCAUCCUGAAGACUUUCCUCGAGCAGAAAACCUAAAGGAAAAGCUUUACAUCUUUACAAGCACAGUAAUAUACACCUAUCAAUUGCCUUAUAGCCGGCUCUACUGCCAGACCUGCUCAAAAUUAAUCAACACCUUUUGGCCAGUCGGGUUUGAGCAUUCCCGAGUGCUGUGGUAUAAGUAUAGUAUAGAGUCUGUUUCCAGUUAGUUUUUUUUUUUUAUGAAAUAUGUCUAGAGAUGUUUUUUUUUUAUAUUUUAUUUUAUUGCCUUCUUAUAAGAAAUCAGAAAUCAUACAUUUGCAAAAUUACUGUAUUUUAUACGUUUAUGUAUUGUCACAGCCCAUUUUAAUUUAACCUAAUCAAUAUAUUAAUCGACUAUGUUUUUUAUAUGUAAUCAUUUACACAGAAACUUUCAACAACACACUGAUUCGGGUAUUUAGAGCAAUCCUACCAGAGCCUGGUUUUGUGCGCUGCAAAUGAACAGGAGUAAACAUUGGUAACACUGAAUGGAAAAUAAUGAUCACCACCUCUCUCACUACUGCAGGCUUAUUUCUGUUUAUUUCUGGAAUAUUAAAUAUUGUUCACAUUUUUCAGACUUGGAUUUGUUGAGACCUUUGGAUAAACCUCUUUACAUGAAUCAGUGCUUGAAAAAAAUGUAAAUUAUAUAAUAACAUCCUUGUAAUUAUGCCAAAUAUGAGACAUUCUUUAUUGUAAAUAUAAUGUUUUUAAAAGAAAGUGUAGCUAUAACAAAUUUACAGC